CAGCAACAUUUUCUCUUUUCUUCCCCGGCCUAAAUCCUGCAAGCUCUCCUUACCCUAGUAAAUAGACAAACCAACCUUUGUCUCUAUCAAAGAUGGCAAUUUCAGACAUCAAUGAAAGUGUUAUCUUGGAAGAAGUUAUGAGUACACAUGAUCCAGAUGACAAAAAGAAUUUUAAAAUUAAUGUUAUCUUCAAUUUGGUGAAGAGCAUUCUCUAUCCUACUACGAUUGGAGAUAGCAUUGAUGAAGAUGAAGAUGAAGAUUCUGAUAAGGAAGACUCUAAUGGGAGUAAUGGCGACAAGUCUAAUGAGAAAGACUCUAAUGACAAGUUUGAUGAAGAAGACUUUAUUAGCGACAAGUCCGAUGAGGAAGACUCUAAUGGCCACAAGUUUGAUGAGGAAGACUCUAAUGACGACAAGUCUGAUGAGGGAGACUCAAAUGGCGACGAGUCUGAUGAUGACAAAAAGUCUAAUGAGGAGGGAUCUGACAGUAAAAAAAGGUUUGAUGAUGAGAAGGAAUUUGACAGUGAGGAGGAAUAUGCUAAAGACGUGGAACUUCCCUAUCAAUUAAAACACUUUUCCUUUGAGAUGUCAUUGAUGUGUUCAAAAAAUGUGGAUCUACACUCGAUUGUAGUAUAUUUUCUGAAAAUGUUAUCCACAUUUUCCUGGGACGGCAAGCUUUUGAUUAUGCUGGCAGUUUUCUCCCUCAAUUUUGGAGAAUUCAGCCUUAUUCAUUGUCACAAUAAGGGAUUGUCUGCCAAAUUGUCAAUUCUCAAGGGGCGUGAAAGUCAAGUUCUGUCAAUGGAUGCACAUUUUAUGAAAUCAAUCCUACAUUUGACUGAACAUAUUAUUGAGCUUGCACAAUCAUCCUCUCAUAAUUCAUCACCAAUCAUACCGAUUGGUUGCUAUUGGAUCGUCACAAGUAUCCUUACUUAUGCAUCCUAUUUCACUUCUCGCCUUAUGAGUAUGCAUUCAGAGUGUUUUAUAGCUGAAGAAACACAACUUUCUUGUUUAAAUGUCAAAAUCAAAGACAUAAUCUCCGAAUGCUGCCCGAUACUAGAAGAAAAGAGAGAAGUGGAUACUUACAAUGCAUUAUGUCAUGCAUUCUUUGAUGAGAAUCCAAUAAUCCCCUCCUCUACUACUUCUUCUAAUUUGGAUGUUUUGAAGUUAGUAUUCAAUGCCAAGAAAGGUGGGAAACAGAAACUCAUAUAUGAUGGUGAUAGGGGACAAAUGGUGGAAUUACAUUUUUUGAAGAAUAAGAGCUUGCUACUAUUAAUAUCGUCAAGUCUUGAUAUUGACAAGUACUUGAUUUCAUUACUUGGAUACAUACAAGGCAAUACUCAAUUGCCAGUAUUUUGGAUUCCGAUAUUAGACUCUUCUACAUUAUGGGAUAUUAAACAUAUGGAAGAACAAUAUGAAAGUUUAGUAAAUGAAUCAGAAAUACUCUUAGUGAGAAAUGUACAGGAAUCAGUAGCACCAGGAUUUUUAAGGUUUGUUAAAGAGAAAUUCUUUCCAGAAUUCCAAAUAGGAGGUGAGCCUAUAAUUGUUUCACUAGAUCAUAAUGGAAGGAUGGUUCACCGUAAUGCAAUGCAGAUGGUAUUGAUGAGAGGUUUAGAUAUUUGUGAAAGGAUGUCUGGCGGAGUUAAGAUUGGAGAUAGCAUAAUUCCUUUAUUACAAAAGGUUUUGAUAGAAAGGGUUUCGACGGUGAGGGAUUUGGUGCCUGGCAUUGAUAAGAAGAUAAGUGAAGUCGCUAAAAAGGUGGAUGGUAUAAUAAAUAAUUGGUUCCAUGACAUUGAAAAACAAAUACAAAAUCCGGUUAAUAGUAACAUUUUCACAAGUAAGAAGGAAAAAGAUUUAUGGAAGAUAGAAACUUGGUGCACUAAACUUGUGGCAGCUGAUCCGAGUGAUGACUACAAAAUAUCCAAGUGGGUUGAAAAGAACAAGUGCGUUUUUCUAAUUGGCGGGCAUGACAUACAAUGGGUUAAAACAUUUGAGUUGAAGGUAAAAGAAAUUGAGUUUAACCCACAAUCAAAAAUUAAGAUGCUCUACGUUGGUAGUAACAUGAAAGUAGCAUCAAUGAUUGAGGAAGACGAGAAUUGCAACGUAAAAGGUGAUCCUCAUUCUUCAUGGUUGUUUUGGGCACGGCUUCGAAGCAUAUUCAUGUCAAGGAUUAAAUUCUUAGAAGAGACUUAUGAUGAUGAAGAGUGUGAUGAAAUCUUGCAAGGAGUAAAAAAGUUGCUAGCCUAUGAAGCUAACUGUUUAGUAGUUAACGAAUGGGCUAUGCUAUGCAAAGGGAACAAGAUAGUUGUAUGUGACAUCGGAGAUAAAAUGCUGAAGGUCAUUAAUGAGUUUGACAAAUGGAAGGAGAAUGCAAUAGCUAAAGGCUUUGACCAAGCAUUCAAAGAUUAUCAUGAGAUGCUUCAUUCUACUUCUACUUCACAACAUCAUCAUCAUCGAUGUGCCCUUGAAUACCCAUCUAAUUUUGAUAGUGUCCCAGAGAAUGUAAAAUGCCCUCAGUGUUGUCACGGUAUGCAAAAAUUUGUCACUUUCAAGUGCUGCCACGACAAUGUUGAUGAUUCUGAGGAGGAUUCUGAUUAGGAUGUACUUAGUUUGAUAUUGAUAACACUUGAUGUAUUUAAUUUGCAUAUGCAUAUGAAAGUUUUUUUUUUUUUUUGUUACCAACAUUAUUUGUAACAGAGGUAUAAUUUUUUAUGCUAAGUCAUCAGUUUAUUUGGUU